AUGGAAGUGAAGUUUUUGGUUCAUGUAGUGUUGACUCUGUUAGUGUUUAAUGUUAGACCGGAAGAUGCUGUGACAAAUGUUGAAAAAGAGGAUAGCUCUAGUAAAACCCGAAACGAAAUCGUCACAGAUAAUGAAAAACCUCUCGAUUUUCUUAUAAAUCAUCCUAAAACUGACAUCAAAGAUUAUUUCCUGCCAGCUGUUUUUCCAAACCACGAUGAAAUGGAGGAAGAUGAGGAUGAGGAUGAGUUAGAUUAUGAUUAUAAAGAAACCAAUUAUAAAGAUUCCCCAGAACCGACAGCGAAGAGCGACGAAGCAGUCAUCGAUGAUAAAAUACCCCUGCAUCCAGCGAGUGAUAAUUUACCAGUGUUUUUACUUGAACCAGAAAAUACGUAUGUUGUUAAGAAUAAACCAGCUAUUUUGAAAUGCAGCGCUGCUAAUGCUUUAGAUGUUUAUUUUAAUUGUAAUGGAGUAAAAACGCAAGCGUCAAAUUUUGAGUUCGUGGACCCUCAAACUGGAGUCAGGAUAAUUGAAGGAGAGUAUAAAGUGACCAGGGAUAAAGUCGAAGAAUACUUCGGAAGUGAGAAGUACCAAUGUUCAUGUUUCGCUUGGACAAGUCGCGGUCAUGUCUGGAGUCAGCCGGCUACAGUGGAAAUUGCUUAUAUAAAGAAGCAUUUCACAAAAGCACCCCAAUCUCAGCUGGUGAAAUUGAACAGCGGAGCGACGUUCCGCUGCGAGCCACCCCAGGCCGCGCCGUUCGCACAGACCUACUGGCUCAAAAAUGGUGCGCCGGCCGUCGCUGAUGAUAACGUUCAGAUCUCCAAAGACGGAAGCCUGAUUAUUAAACAGGCCACGCUGUUGCGCAGGAAAAGCAAUUUGCGAGCGAAAUUCAGAAUAAAAAAGGCGCUCAGUCUAGACAAAGUGUAUUUCCAGGAUAUGGCGAACUACACCUGCGUCGCGGAAAAUGUAGCCGGGAAAAGGAUGUCUGAGGCGGCUCUCUUGACUGUCUUUGUCAAUGGAGGAUGGUCGGCGUGGUCAGCUUGGAGUGAUUGCUUCUGCGCUGGACAGCCACGCGAGCAAACUCACGGCAGAAGACGUGUGAGGAGCUGCACUUCACCAAGACCUUUGAAUGGCGGUCAAGCGUGCGUCGGCCCUAGUAUACAAAAGACACAAGAUUGCUUCGAUUGUGAUUUAGAUGUUUAUGUGGAUAGCUUGGAUGAAUUGGCAGAUGAAUCUUCAGAUAUAAUUAUAGGUCGUUGGUCAAAAUGGUCGGAAUGGUCGAGGUGUGACUCCGACUGUCUCCAGACAAGAAGACGACGAUGUGUUACAAGCACUGCUUGUCUUGGAAAAGAUUACCAGGUGGCGCAGUGUCCCCUUUGCAUACGAACUUCUAAAUCGGAUCUCUUACGUGAUACUUCGUCAUAUUGGCCGCUGUUCAUCAUAAUAUCGAUAGCAUUUUUAAUAUUUGUCGUAGUCGGAGUAUUAGUUAUAAAAUACAUGAAAAUAAAAAUGGCCGAAAAUUCACCGUACGUUAAACCACCGCCAGGUUCAAAUUAUUUUGGAAGUGUGAUAAAACGAACUCUAACAAAUCAACCGGAUUUGAUACAUGAAGAGUUUCAAACAGUAACCAGACAGACACACAGACAAACAAGUAAUAAUGUUCGUCACGAGCAUUUGUAUGAAGUACCACAAUUGGCUAAUAGCUACAUGUCACCGAUAGACCACGAGGUAAGCAAAGAUCGACCCACGGAAAAGCAUUACGCUUGCAAGGACCAAGUGGAGUCCGAAAGAUCUGAUUCCAGUUGCUUUUUGAGCUCGGGCUCAUCGUACGGCAAUGAAAGUAUAGAAAUGUCGCCAUCUUUAAAAAAUAACGCAUCCGUUGAUUCCAAGAAUGCUAUCAACCAACAGUACUUGGAGACGACCACUUCAAAAAUAGUGAUGACUGAUGGCGAUUGGUUGAAUUUAAAUAAAUGUGGUGUUAGUCUUUUCGUCCCCGAUGGCGUAGUGGAUAAGGGGGAGGAACUAUUCUCUCUUGAGGUCACUGACGAGGAAUGGAACAGGCCUGUGUUACAAGAAGGUGAAACUCAACUCAGCCCCGUGGUCCGAUGCGGACCAAAAAACUAUCACUUCUCAAAGGCAGUCGUCCUCACUUUUCCGCAUUGCGCUGCUCUAAAAAACUCGAGCUGGAUGCUUUCAAUACUUCAAAAGCCAGAGGAAAUAAACUCGAGAGAGUGGAGAAAAGUUUUAACUCUCGGUCAAGAGACGCCGGGGACACCGAUAUUCGCUCAAGUCGAUCCCGCUAAAGUUUACUUAGUGUGUGAAUUUCUGAGCGACUUCGUUCUAGUCGGCAGGAGUUUCAACGGCCUAGAUGCGAAACUCCUGAAACUGGGCGUGUUCGUUAAUAAAACAGACGACGAUCACUAUUCCCUCAACCUUCGGGUUUUCAAUGAUACACCCUAUGCGUUCUACGAGUGCUUUGAGAGCGAGAGACGCGCGGGCGGGUUCUUGCUCUGCGAACCGAAGACCUUGUACUUUCAAGAGAACUGCUCCGAUCUUUGCUUCAACGUCAGGGACGUGGGAACCGGCUGGAAGAUCCAACCGGAAGCAAAGUACCAGGAGCUAUCGUAUCUGCACGUGUGGAACAUGAGCGUCAGAUCUCUAUACUGUGUGUUCUCGUUGUCCCAAAUCGACGCGAUCAACUGCCUAGAGCUGAACAUCACCGUCUAUCAGAAACAGAAGCAAUCGAAUUCCGUGAAUUUCAAUUUGAAAACGAACGAUUUUAAUUCGAAUCUCAAUUGUAAUAAACGCUUUAGCUAUUCGGGCGGUGAGAUCGGGUGCGGCAUCAAUAUCCUGGAAAAUCCGUUCAAUUACUCUUCGUUAUCGAAAAGGGAGGGCCGUUACGAUUUCAUUCACAGGAACGCUUACAGAAAUAAUUGCUCGCUAGACAAUAAUUAUUAUAGGAUUAACGUGUUGACGAAGUCCGAUAGGGUGGUACUGUGUAAAUUGUUGGACUGUCAAUCGUCGAAAGGUAACGAUUGGCGUUUGCUUGCUGAUAAAUUGAAGUUGACCUCGUAUUAUUACUAUUUCUCGAAUACAUGCUCGCCGACGGAGAAUAUUUUGAAUCUGUGGAUGUGCAGGAACAACGACGCGAACAUGCUGGUGAGUCUGUCCAGGAUCUUUAGGGAAAUGUCCAGGAUCGACUGCGCUACUGUGGUCGAGAGGCGUUGCUUUCCUAACUAG